AUUAGUCAUUGAUCAUCUUAAUUAUGAUGGUUAAUAUAGUUCUCCUUUUUUGUUCAAUGUUAUGCUUACAUUCGUUCAAUCUAUAUCAGGGUUUGCAUCCAAGUUUCAGGGAGAUCAGAAAAUCCUUGGCUAGGGAGCUCAUAAUCUUGCAAGAAAGGCUUGAUUCUAUAAUAGCCAAGAAACGUCAGCAGCAGAUGCCGGAUGCUGAUGUUCAGGAACACGUUGAAAUCACUCUAAUGAACAUGCAGAGUGAAGAACAUGUGCAAAAGCAGCAAGAAGAAAAGGUUGCUGUACCAGAAGAUUCAGCUGAAGGCACUAGGGAUGAUGUAAAAGGUCCUUGUGCUAAUGAUGGUGGAAGUGAAUCUCAGUCACCAGUUGAUCCUCCAUCAAAUGAGGGAGCAGAGUCUGUUGCACUUCCAAAUGGCUCAGAUAAUGAGGACACCAGCCAAGUGGUUGCAUCUGAUGCAUUGAAUUCUUCAAGUGAUCUGUCUGAGAGUGACAAAAUGGCUGUGGAAUCCGAAGCUAAAUCAGAAGCGAAAGACAAUCCGAUUGCGGAAGACAUUCCCAUUGAGGUUGAUAAAUUGGACAAGACUGUUUGGGAAGAAUUGCCUGUGGGAGUUAUUGAUGAAGAUAUCAAUGAUGUUAGUAUUGAGAGGGAAGAACAUGAUGACGUUAGAUCUGGAAGUCUCCCAGCCAUGGUGAAUGAUUCGGCACAAGAAGGAUCAGAUUCAGAGAACUAUGCAAUGAUGGAACUGCCAUUGGGAUUACAUGAGGAGCAUGAAAGGGACAAUGAAAUGAAUAUUUCUAAUGGAGAAACACGGUCUGAGAAUGAGAUAUUUAUUGAGGAGCUUCCUGUGGGACUGCACGAUGAGGAUACAGCAAUAUCUAAAGAUAAGAGGGAUGAUCAAGCUAAGCCUAAAACAUAUAAAGAGGUUCUACUAGCUCAAGAAGGGGAAUGCAAUGCAGAUGAGGAAACAAGUUCUUCCACAGAUGACACUGCGAACGAAACUCAACUAGAGCAACAGCAGAAGCUGAAAGAGCAAGAGAAGGUGCAUUCUUCUAGGGUAAAAAUUGAGUACCCGGAAGAAGGUGAACUCAAUGGUGAUGCACCAAUGGAUAUAAGAGUUGAGUGCAAGUCAGGUGAGGAAGCUGGAACUGAUACUAAGUUGCUUCCUUUGACAACACAAGUCAGUGAUAAUGAACCAGAAAAUGAAGAUGUAUUCUCAGAAGCAAAUUAUGUAAAUAACAAAUUAACCGAGCCAAUGGAGUUUGUACCUUCCAAUGACACACAGAAGGAGGAGACACCAGAGAUGGUUGCUGAAGGGGCUAUUAGUGCUGAUGAUAAAUACUUUAGGUGCUUUUGGUAUAGUCCUCUAAUCAGAAUUGGCGUUUAACCCACACAAUAAAGGUUCACAUUAAAGGUCAACAUAUACAAGAACACCAAAAGUAUCUAUAGAGCAGUAUCUAAGUUUGGUCCUUUUUAUUAAAAUCUCAUCUGUUGUGUUUUCAAAGCAAUAGUUGUAUCCAUACUUAUUCCUCUAAAGUGCACUAAUUCACUUGAGAGGAGCCAAAUCCUAGCGUUUAAAGUUUAAACCACUAUAGGUUCCAUUUCUCUGUUUUAGACUAUAGGUUCUAAUGUAUACAUCAUCAUCCUACUACAUUGCAUAUAAUAAUCCAUACGCCA